AAGAGAAUGUGAGCUGUUUUAAGAGCGGGGUGACAGGGACAUGUGAGAGCUGAUUGUUCCAUUUCCAGAAACUUGGCAAGACACCUGUUUAACUGUCAGUUGCUUGAAAUCGGCCAAAGUGGGAGUACUUCCAGCAUGAAAACAACCACUACUACAAAUCAGGACUCCUCCCCUCACAUCACAGAGGGUGCCAGCACAGUGAGCCCUCCCAAAGGAGUUGAUCUUUCAGCCUGGAAUAAGGGAAACUGGUGGAGUAGAGCCAAAGCUGCCAGCAGCACAGGCCAUUUGCUUGAAAAUGAAUCUUCGUUGUAAAUCACUAACUAUAAGGUUCCAAAAGCUGACUGACGCACCAAUGCAUCCUUCCUACCUUUAUCUGCCAGACCUGGUUUAGGAGAUUCCUUCUAACUACCGGUGCCAUCACACACCUAGCACCUGAGAGGAUAAAAGCUGCAUAAGAGACCUAAGACAGGAAUCCAGGUCUUGGAAGGUUAAUGGAACAAAAUUACGUUUUUAAAAAGUCACUAAACGGCUGUUUCAUUUCUGAACUUGGCAAACAGGAGUCUUUCACUCGUGGAUAGUUUAGGAGUGACUCCCCCGUCCUUCCAGCUCCCCGUCCCCACUCCCCCCUCACCCCCAGGCGGAAACUAAGCGCUGUGCCUUUAAGGGGCCCAGCGGAGGUUUCCGUGCAGGACAACGUGUCUGCGAGGAUCCUGGCGGGACCGGACCCCGCACUCCCAGCCCGCAACCCGCACGCUCCAAGGAGACCGGCACGCUUUAGAGAGGAUGAAGAGCGAAGAGCUGAUGGCGCCCAUGGAAGAGACCUGUGGGCAGGAGGAUGCGGCGGUGGCGCAAGGCGACUCUUUCCCUGGCCUGGCGCCGGCGCCUCCCGGCCGCCUGGGGGCGCCAUAUUCCGAGGCCUGGGGGUACUUCCACCUGGCCCCGGCGCGCCCCGGACAGCCGUCGGGCUACUGGGCCACCUGCCGGCUGUGCGGGGAGCAGGUGAGCCGAAGCCCGGGCUCCCGCGCGGGCACCCCGGCGCUGUGGAGGCACCUGAAGAGCGCGCACCGGCGGGAGCUGGAGAAGAGCGCCGCCCGCCACUCCCCGCCCCCCGGCCCCGGCCCCGCCGCGGCUGCUGAGGGCGACUGGGCGCGCCUGCUGGAGCAGAUGGGCGCGCUGGCCGUGCGGGGAAGUCUGCGAGAGCGAGAGCUGGCGCGGCGCGAGGCGGCGGUGGAGCAGGGCGAGCGCGUCCUGGAGCGGAGGCGCCGGGCCCUGCAGGAGGAGGAGCGCGCGGCGGCCCAGGCGCGGCGGGAGCUGCAGGCUGAGAGGGAGGCGCUGCAGGCGCGGCUGCGGGAAGUGAGCCGUCGCGAAGGCGCCUUGGUCGCGGCCCCGCUGCAGACCCCUCUCAAAGAGGAGCCCGAGGGGAAGAGGGACGGCUACAUUGUCACUAAAGUCCACCUGUAGGUUUUGGCCGCUUCCCCAACCCCACGCCGGCGCUGCUCCAAGUGUGGCCCGCGGCCCAGCGCCUUCAGCCUCACCUGGGAGCUGGGUCUCAGGCCCGGCCUGCGGGGGAGUUGGAACCUCCAAUGGAGGGGCUUGAAAAGCGCUUCGGAAGCCUGAGCAGAACGCAGUCAUUCCGGCCCUGCGGCCACCUAGGGAGCCUGGGAGCUCCAGCAGCCCCCUUUGCUGUUGGCGUUUAGUUGGCGUCCGUGCCGGGAGCAGUUUUCCUCCAAAUGCCUUUGGAAACGAGAGCUCCAGCAGCCCCUCGAUUCUAAGUCAUCUGAGGCCUUGUACCUGGUGACUCUGAAAGGACAGAAGCGUCCUUACCCACCAAAGACCACUACACCAUGUGCCUGUACACCAGCCUGGACAAUCCAUGAAAAUAAGGGUAAAGCAAAAUUUAAAAAAAAAAGGUCUACUCAUUUUCUAAUGAGUAAACCUUUGAUGAGCAGCCUUUGCCCAACGCCAAGUUCUGAAAAAGGGGCCACUUGUUUCUACGACUGCUCUUUACCCGUAUCAUCUCAGGCCGCAGCAGUACAAUCCUAAGAACCCGUUUACUCUCCUCCCCAGAUUGCACAAUAUCAUGUGCACCUCCGUCUGUUUCACCUCAGCCGCCACCUUUCCCAGUUCAGAUCCAGUGGCAGCUGUAGUCAAUGUCCCCACUUUCUGCCUCACACCUGCCUCCAUACUAGCAAAACAUGACCUCAUCCUUCAUUGCUAUGAAGGGCGCAUCCCUCCCACCUGAGGCAACCUCCUCUCGUGUUUACAUCUAUUCCUUUUCCACCGUCACUGGCUCUUUGCUCCAUUAGUGUCCUUCUUUUCCUCUUAUUCCCUCCCUUUCCCCACACUUCCUCAGAAAUGCCCACUUUCCCUUGUACUAAAAAGAAAGAUUCCCUCAGCGGGGAGGCUCUUAAUUGAACCACCAUCCAAGGAGGGUCAAGUAGUCCUUGCUGCCCAUACUUCCUCCCAUGGUCAGCUUUCCAUGCUACACUGGACUCUUAAGAAGCCACCACAAUCUCACAGUGGCUGAAUGUGAUUAUUUAUUCAACCUUCAUUUUGCUUAAUCUCUCCCUUCUUGAAAUUUCUCCUUUGGUAGGGGGACCUUGCUUUUCCUCCACAGAACUCCUUUUCCUGAUAUAAACUAGUUCCCAAACAAUUUUUCUUAGUUCUAUUUUUUCUCAAUUUCUUAUAGACUGAAAAAUUUCAAACAUCCAGAAAGUUAAAAAACUAGUACAAUGAAUACCCUCCACCUAGACUGAACAAUUGUUAACAUUUUGCCAUAUUCACUUUUCCUUCCCUCCACCCCAUACAUGUUAUAUUUUAUCCCUAAGUAUUUCAGUAUGUAUCUCCUAAGAAUAAAGACAUUAUUCUACAUGAUUACAGUGCAAUUAUACUUAAGAAUAUAAACAAUUUCCUAAUAGCCUCUAAUAUAGUCCUUAAUCAAAAAUUCCCCAAUUGUCCCAAGAAUGUCUUUUUAUCUUUUAAACAACAGGGAUCAAAAUUAAUAUAUUACUUUUGAUUAUAACCCAUAAUCUUUUAACCUAGGACAGCCCCCUUAUUUGUUCUCCAUGACGAUACUUUUUUUUUAUUAAGAAUCGCAGCCAUCUGUCUUAUAGAAUGUCCUAUAUCUGGUUUUGUCUAAUUGUUUCCUUAAGCCAAUUUCUGCACUCAUUCUUAGCUUAUCUACCUGUAAGAGCUGCAAUAAUCACCUCCGUCCCAAUGACUCCCAAAUACUUCCAACCUUGAGUGUUCUGCCCCCACCCGUACUUUAUAGCCAAUCCCCUUCUACCUGUUUCCACCUCUUCUUGCAUAACUGCCACUGCAGAUGGAAAAGGCAAAUCUAUUCAUCUCCGCACCCCCACCCCUCACCUUUACUGUACUCUUAAAAUGUAUCAGGUACAUACACACUUUACAUGGAUUCUCUCAUUUUAUUCUCAUAGAGGCUCCAUGGGGGGGGGGGGGCGGGCGGGGUACUAAUACUAUGCCUGUUUUACAGCUAAGGAAGCUGACAUAGACAGGAGUUAAGUAACUUGUACAAGAACCCAGCUGUUAAGUAGUAGAGAGGAGAUAUAAGUCCAGUCUUUACCUCCAGAUGCCAGGCUCCUAGCUGAUGUAUUGCUUCCCUUGUUGUUGUCACCUGGCUGACACCUAUUUCCUUCCUAACUCCAAUUUCAUGUAGAACCAUCUGUGACAUUAACAUGCACUAAGCAAUGACCAUGUACCAGGUCCAUGCUAAAUACUUUACAAAAACAAUUGCUUGCCCUGCAGCAACCUCAUGACACUAGGUGCUCUUAUGCCCACUUUGCAGAAGAGACAGGCUCAGGGGAGCUAAAUAAUGUCUUCAGAGUCACACAACUACUAGGAGACAGAGUGGGACUUGAAAUCUAGUCUCGCUGAAUCCUACGCCCUGAUCUACUGAAUCUAUUUUUCACAAAAUAUCACACCUGUUUUCUUUAAGAUGCAAUUUAUCAAGCUCUGGCCUUAUUUUCACUCAUCUGGGGUUCAUCUUCCCACUCUUAUCUUCCCCCAUUGUCCCCUAACAUUCAUCUUGGCCAGAAAAAUUGUACUAAGCCAACACUGAUAUCACUUUUCUUGCUCAAAAGCCCCCCAAAUCACCUAUCAUCUACAAGCUUUGACUUUGUGGCCUGACAUCCAAGUCCACACGCCCUGGCCAGUCUUAGUUGUCCCCUCACCUACAUACACUCCAGCUAAAUUGGACUCCUUAUUCUUCCUGACAUGCCUGGUCUUGGUGCCUCUAUGCCUCUAUUCACCUUCUCUCCACUUAAAAGUCCCUUUAAUGUCUUAGUAUGAAAAAUCCAAGCCCAAAUUUGCCUGCCUACAUGAAGCUUUCCUUGGCUCCCUCUCUUUUAGAGAUGAUUCCUUACCGCUCUGAACUUUCACAGCAUUUUAUAUCUCACAACCCUUAGAAUCAACUAUCUAGCUUAUGAUUAUGUGGGUUCUUACCUCUCUUGCCUGACCCUGAGUCCUUGGAGUUCACUCAUCCUUCCACAACCACAAUGCCUUGCAUAAAAUAGCUGCUUAAUAAAUAUUUGAGAUGUCAAAUCCACUCAUAAAGUGUUUAAGAUUUUUACAGGUUAGUUUUCUCAUAAUUAUUAAUAUAACUAUUCAUUUAUCUUUAGUUCUCUAAGUAGAAUUCAUAACAGAAAAAAUAACUUGAAAUUGCAGUAAUUAUUUUUUAAAGCUAUCUAGUCAAUAAACAUUUAAUAAGUAUCAGUUAUUGUGUUUGAUUUAAAUCCAAUCAACUGCUCUAGCAUGUCAUUAUCGGGAAUGUCUUCCUUAAAACUAUUUUAUUCAUUACACAAGAUAAAUGUAAUGCCCCAAUCUGGGAAGAACAGCAGGAAAAAACAAUCCCACACAGUCCUGUCACCUUGGUAAAACUGCUAGUAACAUGUUAAUGUACUUUAUUCUUCUUUUGCAAUUGUUACAUUACUCUAAUAAUAGUAUAAGUUAUUUGUCUUAAGUACCAAUAUUUAACUUCUUUAUGUGGAUUUAUAAGUCAGAGUCCGAUUCACCAGGGUCAAGAAGUUUGUUUCCCUGCCAAGGGCACGUACAUGGGUUCCAGGGUUGAUCCUUAUCCCAGGUCGGGAGUGUAUGUGGGAAGCAACCAAUCAAUGUGUCUCUCUCACACAGGUUUCCCUCUUUCCCUUCCUCCACUCUCUAAAAUAUCAAUGGAAAAAAUAUCCUCACUCCUCAGGUGAGGAUUAAAAAAUGUCCAUGAGCAUAUUGGUCCAUGUCCAAUGGUCCUUGUUUUGGUCUAGUCAAAAACAUACAUAUUUAGAAAAUGUCCCUGGGUUCAAACAGCCCAUAAUGUUUGUUCAUACUUUUGGUUUAUUUAAAGGGUUAAUACAUAAUAAAUACUACCAUGUUUCAUUGGCCCAAUCAUUGUGUAGAGGCUAUAUUGCCAAUAACCCUUAUUGCUUCAGUAGCCGACCUGGUCUUAUAUAGCUCAUGGGGGUAAAAGAUAGGUCGGUGUGAACCACAUGUCUCCAUGGAUGUCUGGAACAGGACCAAAUAUCAAGGAUCUUCUGGCAGGGACCAAAUGUUUCUAUGGAUAUUUUGGAUGGAAGCAAAUGUCCUGCUAGGAUGUGGAUGGGAGUUCAAAACUAAUCCAAAAGACCUCAGAAAGAGCAGGUUCCCUGGGAUGAUUCCUGAGAGCAGAUGCACACAAGUCACAAAGGUUUGCCAAGUCAUUUUCCUUCAGGAUAGAAGUAUUUUUCUAUAAAAACAUAAAUGUCAUACCUGAUUUGCCAAAUGAGCUAAUCUAGUCAAAACUCAAUAUGAUUUGUGACUACAAAGUAAUCUGACCAAUCUUACAAGUAAAUCUAUCAAAGCCUGCCCAUCCAAGUACCUUCCCUUCAAAGCAGUCACCUUGGAAGAUACAGUUAUUCCAAAAACAUUUUCAUGCUUAAAACACUUCUGGAACUCCUCUCUUACAGUAGUUCUCAGUUGCUGGCACAUUCUUUAAAACAUCCUUAAAUUUGCAAAUAUUCGUCUUUCCAGGAAAAAUUUGAUUUUUUAAAAGAGGUGACAGUUAUUCAGAGCCCAGUCUGGUGAAUGUGGUAGGUGAUGAACUAAAUUAACUUUUCUGGAUAAUACAGCAUGAUUAUAAUAAACCAAUAAUAAU